CGCCCCCCGCCCCGCCCCGCCGGCUUCACUCCGGCAGCCACGCGCCGGUGGCAGCGAGGCGGUGGUGUAGAGCGAGCGCGGCCGUUACCCGCCCCGAGGUGCUGAGGGGGCGGCGUCGGCGGCGUCGGAAGGGGGUCCAUGGCCGCGUCGGACCGCAUGGUGCUGGGGCCGCUGGUGGGCUCCAUCGAUCAGGGCACCAGUUCCAGCCGCUUCCUGGUAUUUAAUGCAAAAACAGCAGAGCUCCUGAGUCAUCAUCAAGUUGAGAUACAGCAGAAAUUCCCUAAGGAAGGAUGGGUGGAACAAGAUCCAAAGGAAAUCUUAAGGUCAGUCCAUGAAUGUGUGGAAAGAACCUGUGAGAAACUGCAGCAACUGAACAUAGACAUCACGAACAUAAAAGCCAUUGGAGUUAGCAACCAGAGGGAAACAACAGUGGUUUGGGACAAGACGACUGGAGAACCUCUUUAUAAUGCUAUUGUGUGGCUUGACCUAAGAACUCAGUCAACAGUUGAAAGGCUUCUUAAGAGAAUUCCUGGAAAUAACAAAUCCUUUUUUAAGUUUAGGACUGGUCUUCCACUUAGCACCUACUUCAGUGCAGUGAAACUUCGAUGGCUGUUGGAUAAUGUGGAAGAGAUUAGGCAAGCAGUUGAUGAUGGAAGAGCAAUGUUUGGGACUAUUGAUUCGUGGCUCAUAUGGUGUUUGACAGGUGGGAAGAAUGGAGGUGUUCACUGUACAGAUGUAACUAAUGCCAGUAGAACGAUGUUGUUCAACAUUCAUUCCUUGGAUUGGGAUCCUGAGCUCUGCCAAUUCUUUGAUAUUCCUAUGGAUAUACUUCCAAAAGUACGAAGCUCAUCUGAGAUUUAUGGCCUGAUGAAAUCUGGAGCUUUGACGGGUGUACCAAUUUCUGGGUGCUUGGGUGACCAGUCUGCUGCUCUUGUUGGGCAAAUGUGCUUCCAAGAUGGGCAGGCAAAAAACACGUAUGGAACAGGAUGUUUCUUGCUGUGCAAUACAGGUCAGAAGUCCGUGUUUUCUGACCAUGGUCUUCUAACCACGAUAGCUUACAAACUGGGCAGAGACAAACCUGUUUGUUAUGCAUUAGAAGGAUCUGUUGCAAUAGCUGGUGCUGUCGUUCGUUGGCUGAGGGACAAUCUAGGUAUUGUUAAAACUUCACAGGAAAUUGAAAAACUGGCUGCAGAAGCGGGAACUUCUUAUGGCUGCUACUUUGUGCCAGCAUUUUCAGGACUGUAUGCACCUUACUGGGAACCCAGUGCAAGGGGCAUUAUCUGUGGCCUUACCCAGUUUACAAACAAAAACCACAUUGCCUUUGCUGCACUAGAAGCAGUCUGCUUCCAAACACGAGAGAUUUUAGAUGCAAUGAACAAGGACUGUGGGAUACCAUUAAGUCAGUUGCAAGUAGAUGGAGGAAUGACCAAUAACAAAGUUCUCAUGCAACUCCAAUCAGACAUCCUCUGUAUUCCAGUAGUGAAGCCAUCAAUGCCUGAAACAACAGCUCUAGGAGCUGCUAUGGCAGCAGGAGCUGCAGAAGGAGUUGGAAUUUGGAGUCUGAAUCCUGGAGAUUUGACAGCAGUCACAUGUGAACGAUUUGAACCACAGAUCAACCCAGAGGAAAGUGAAUAUCGCUAUGCCAGAUGGAAGAAAGCUGUGAUGAAAUCUAUGGGCUGGGAAACAUCUGAAGCUCCUUCAAAUGGUGACACUAGUAUCUUCUGUAGUCUGCCUUUGGGUUUUUUUAUUAUGAGUAGCAUGAUAAUGUUAAUCGGAGCAAAGUACGUCUCAGGUACAGAUAAAUGAGACUGCUUAAUGGACUCUCUGGAUGCAGCUGUUUAUUUGUUUGUUUCAUUUUGUUUUCUUGUCUGAAGAGAUUCCACCACCAGUGUGAUGAUACUACUUGUGUGACUAAAUUCAUUCAUGAAUAUAUCUGUUGUCAGUCCUUGAGCAACCUCUGAGUGGUACAUUGAAACUUAAGUCUUCAGCCCUUCACUUCUCUGUUCCCUUUCCAAUCAACUCCAACUGUACUGGAGGACUUUGUGUGGACUAUCUCACAUCACCCUUUCAAAUUUCACAAGCCCUAGCAUUGUUUGAGAAAGUUGGUAUAAAAAACCCUGCAACUUCAUAGGUAAUUUCACAUGUUUAGCUAAAAUUUUCGGAGUUUUGGUACUUUAUACAACAAAUUGCAAAAAGUGAAUGGUGCACUAUGGGACUUCGUAAAGGUCUUACUAUUCUUCCAGCUUCUGUGAAUUAUCUAUCAUAUAUCUGUGGUUGCCAAAGAUGUUUUGUUUUAGUUGCCUCUGUUCUGAAACACCCUCAACGGUAGAAGUUCUUCAAACACUAGCUCAAAAUGUAUUGACAAUAAGAAACAUUUUUCAUUGGUUUGGCAAUGAAAAGGUUACUGAUAUGGUAAACAGAGCACUAUUGAAUUGAUCAAUCAGAAAGUUUGAAAGUUUGGUUUGGCUUCUGGGAACUGUAGUCAAUUUGCCUAUUAUAAGUAUUUAAGACAUCAAGUCCUGCAACUGUACAUUUAAAGAGGUAGGAGUAAGUAGAUGUUUUGGUUAAGGCCAUGCUUCUUGUUCUCACCAUUUUGUGUUUGUUCUGAAAGACAAACUUGAUACAGCACACUAUUCACAGGACAGAUCUGUAGUUCUCAGUAACUGAUAACUCUUACAACUACUUUCUACAAUAUACUUUUCUUGACCAAUACUGUAUAUAUUCUGUUGUCCGAUUUAAGGGUAUUUUUAGUGAUUGUUUGUUAAACUUUUGAAAGUUGAAGCUGACAUAGUUUUCCUUAAAGAGGGUCCAGUCCAAAUUAAAUAUCAGUGAUUCGUUCUUGUUCUCAUUUAGUAUAUCUCAGGGACCAAUAUCUCCCUCUCAUUUUCCAUGUCUGUGGUUUUAACAGCAAGUUGUCACAAAAUUUGCAGAGACAACCCAAAAUGCUGGCUUUGGGAUAAUAAACACUUGGCACCUGAAACUGGCCUUUGGAGUUUGCAGGCAGCAGGAGCAAAAAAAUGAGUUGCAUCCACUUGGAAAACUUUAAAUCCUCUGCAGGUAAAGGAGUGAGGCAAUAAUCUUCAGCUUUCAUGUUUGUACCAACAGCAUGAGAAAUGCCAGCCCUAUUGGAUAGGCCAGAGAAAAAGCAUUCGUGUGUAGUGUCACUGAAUCGGUUUAGAAUGAGAGCAAAGUUCAAUGUGGGAACAACGUGGAGAAUUUCAAAACAAAUAUCUGUUCAAAUGCACUAGGAAUUAAAGGGAGUGUAUAAGUGUGUGCGUAUGUGUUCUUAGGAAUUUUUGUCUUUGAAAAAAUACUCUUUAAAAAGUUUUACUUCAUUAAAUUACAUCUAGGAGCUUAGCUUUAAAAAAAAAAAUGUUAAGUAUGCGUGUGUCUGAAGCAAUGGAUUGCACAGAAUUUUAGGUCUGUACAAUAUAUUUAAUAUCAAAUGCAUAUUAAUUGCCUUUUUAUUAUCAAGUGCAAUGACCUUUGAAAAUGUGAUUUUUAAUUCAGUUAGAGAAGGAACAUUUUUCCUCCUGUGGGUUGCAUUGCUUUUUGUGCACAGGUGAAAAUACAACACCAACAUUCAAGUCCCUCAUCUUGUGUAAGUACUCAAAUGUAAGGUGUAGAAACUAAAAUUUCUAGGUUUUCCAGUUUGUACUGGGGAGGUGAAGGAAGAGUGGAGAGUGGACAUGAAUCCAUAGGAAAAUCGUUACACUUACCUUUCUCUGAGCUGUCACUGAUUCGGUCUUGCACC